CGGUACGGAGAUUCGGGAGCUGGGGGACGUCAUUAAAUUUUAUUCCCAGCGUAAAUCGCACCCAGCUCACCACAAACCAGCAAUCAAUCUUGAAAUCGCCCGAACACCGCCACCCCCCCGGCAACCCUUUGGUUGUUCUAGCGUCGAAACCCGUCUUAACUGUCGAGGGAAAGACAAGUCCUGCUAACCCGGCAACACAUUCGGCUUGCCCGGCCUGUGCUGGCUUCAAAAACGCGGCGUGCAAAGCAUUGCUCUCGAAGACCCGAACACUCCCCUCCCGGCGGGCGCUAGAGCCUUGUCGUUGCUGAAGGGUAGAGAUCGUCGAUCUGGGCCGACCGAACACCGAUGGCGAUGCUACGAACCGCAGUAGGAGCGUUUGAUGCUCUCGUAGGAGGGAUCGCUGCCCGCGGGAAUGGGAAUAUCACAAGGACUGCUGUUGGGGAAAGAAUAUGGAUAACUAGGGCUUGUGCGGGGCCGCUCGCCGUACCUUGGCACCAGAGGGCGUUGAUGUCGCAGCUCCGCACAGCAAGGCCUGCCAGCGCGCGACCCAGGCUCGCACUCACAAGGGCGCCACUCCCCAAGCCGAGACGCCCAUUUCAUUCUACAAGGCCACGGCGAGCGGAUUCCUCCCAGAAGCGUGGGGAGGCGGUGCCUGAAGAACCACUGUCGCUGAGUGCCAGGCUGAAGAAGCUGUCGAGGGAGUACGGCUGGUCUGCGGUUGGGGUAUACCUUGCGCUUUCCGUGCUGGACUUUCCCUUCUGCUUCUUGCUGGUCCGGACCGUGGGCACCGAGAAGAUCGCCCAUGUCGAGGACAUCGUGAUUCGCAGCGUUCAGAAGGUCAUCCCUGAACGGGUUCAGAAUUGGUGGCGCGAAUACCGCCAAGCGGCGAGGGAGUUAAAGCGACAACGGACCGGCGGUGUGGACGAAGUCGAGGUCAUCGGCCACGGUGUUGCUGAGGCUGAGCAGAGGACCAGGCAGGAGGGAGCUAGCCUGGCCACGCAGCUUGCGCUUGCAUACGCCAUUCACAAAAGCUUCAUCUUCGUCCGCGUUCCUCUAACGGCUGCUAUUACCCCCAAGGUGGUCAAGGUACUGCGCUCGUGGGGAUGGCAGAUCGGCAAGAAGGCCAAGCGGUGAAGCAUGGAAGCUUCCGUGUGCGUAUAUCCUUGUAAAUGGCCCAUACACAUGCAUGGGUACGCAAUACCCCCCUCCAUUCGCGUCUUUGAAAGGUGACGGCGAAGGCUUGCAUUUGGGGUGGCGGUGUUGGGCGGUUAAUGGCUGCAUAUUCAAAUGGAGCAUCUCCUCAUAGACUGUAACAUCACCUUGUAGUAAGUAGAAAUCUGUAUCGAGUAUUUCCCUGUACACAAAGGGAGGUUAAGCAAUAGACUUGCUCUUUCUCACCCGAGGUUUAGUGCAUCGGGCCGUGGGUAGGGCUGCGUUCU